UAAGGAGGCUGAGACACCAAAAGCAUUCCUUCCACCAUCUAUUCUUCCACAAUGAAGAGUCACGACGGAAAUAUCGCGAGAAGACAUGGAGGAAGCUGGUCGCACGUGAGUUUGUGUAACGUGUAGGAAAUGCAUUCAAUGUCCUUUCAUGCAAUGACAGACUGCGUCCAUGGCGGGACAAUUGAAGAAGCAACUUAAAGAGGCAGUGAAGGUCAUCACCUCAGGUAGCCUUUUGUUUGCCUCCUACCUCACUGCUGUUGGAGAUGAGCAUUUCUAUACCAACCAGCUGAUGCCUCUGCUGCAGAGGAUUGUGGGGCCAGAAACUGCACAUGUGUUGGCAGUGAAGAUGAUAGGACUGGGUCUGGUUCCUCUUAACCGCUACCAGGACCCUGCGUCAUUGGAAGUGAAUGUACUUGGAUUAAAGUUCAAAAACCCCAUUGGGAUUGCAGCAGGAUUUGACAAGCAUGGAGAGGCAGUAGAUGGCUUAUACAAAGUGGGUUUUGGCUUUGUUGAGGUGGGGACAAUCACUCCAAAGCCUCAGGUGGGGAACCCUAAACCACGUGUGUUUCGACUCACUGCAGAUCAUGCAGUUAUUAACAGGUACGGUUUUAACAGCUGUGGUUUGGCAGAAGUACAGGAGAGGCUGAAGGCCAGAGAAAAAACACAGCAAAAGCACAGUAAAGCUGGCCUUCCCCUGGGCAUCAACCUGGGGAAGAACAAGCUUUCUCAGGAUGCUGGGGCAGAUUACAUGGAGGGGGUGAGAGCGCUGGGCCCGCUGGCUGACUACCUAGUAGUCAACGUCAGCAGUCCAAACACUCCUGGUCUCCGAGAUCUACAGGGGAAGGCUGAACUCCGCCAGCUCUUAUGCUCGGUGUUGAAGGAGCGGGAUGCCCUGAAGGAAGAACACAAACCUCCAGUUCUGGUAAAGAUUGCGCCUGACCUCAGUGCCCAGGACAAACAAGAUGUUGCAGAUGUCAUCACUGAGCUGGGAGUGGAUGGUUUAAUGGUGUCCAACACAACUGUGUCCAGGCCUGAGACACUCCAGGACCCACAAAAGUCUGAGGCUGGUGGGCUAAGUGGCCAGCCUCUCAAAGACCUCUCCACUAGCACUGUCAGAGAAAUGUACAAUCUCACAAGAGGUAAAGUGCCAAUUGUUGGAAUUGGAGGUGUGGCCAGUGGGCAAGAUGCGAUGGAUAAGAUCCGUGCUGGUGCAUCACUGGUUCAACUCUACACUGCUUUAACCUAUCAGGGUCCACCUGUAGUCACCAAAAUAAAACGAGAACUGGAACAACUUCUUAAAGAUCAAGGUUUCAGCUGUGUAUCUGAGGCCGUUGGAGCAGAUCACAGGGAAUCUGAUGGGAAGUGUUAACACAGGCACUCGGGGGUGUCGUUUUCUAAGCUGUAAUUGAUUAAUUCUGACUAUUUUGUUGCCCAUUUGUUCAUCCUAAUUACCAGGAUGGUGGAUGUAUGGCAGUUAGGGUCAAUAAAUCACGGAAAAUUAAGUGGAUAACUCUUUACUUCAACUACAGUGUUAAGAAGCUGAAGCUGCAACUUGAUUUCAGCUUUUUAUUUUUUUUAUAGUAUAACAAUGGUUAAUGUUUCUCCAGUGCUCACUUACGCCACUGUGCCUUUACACAUUUUUACAAAUGUAUACAACCCUUCUAUUUUUUUGUUUUUUAUUUUGUUUUUUUGUGAUCUUAAUCCGACAAGAUGAUGUGUUUAAAAUGCUUAAAUUAAUUGUCAAAUACAGCUAAAACAUGAACUCAGA